UGUUAACUUUGUACAUUGCAGAUAAACCUUAGACUUUUCCACAACAUCACCACCAUGCCACUUUCCUCCAUGGAUUUUCUAUCAAAAAAUCCAUAUCUUUUUGCAGCUUUGUCUGCAUCUUUAACUCUUUUGAUGAUUCAAUUUAUGUGGAGAAAGUUGAACAAAAGCAAUAGCAUGAAGAAAAAGAAGAAGUACCAUCCUGUUGCUGGAACUGUAUUCAAUCAGAUGAUGAACUUCAAUAGGCUGCAUCAUUAUAUGACUGAUCUUGCAGGGAAAUACAAAACAUACCGAUUGCUUAACCCUUUCAGAAAUGAAAUUUAUACUGCAGAACCAACUAAUGUUGAGUAUAUACUCAAAACCAAUUUUGACAACUAUGGAAAGGGUUUGUACAACUACCACAAUUUGAAGGAUUUACUUGGAGAUGGGAUUUUCACUGUCGAUGGCGAGAAAUGGCGCAAACAAAGGAAGAUAUCAAGUCAUGAAUUCUCCACCAAGAUGUUAAGGGACUUCAGUACUUUCAUAUUCAGAAAGAAUGCAGCAAAAGUUGCAAACAUAGUGUCAGAAGCUGCUACAUCUAAUACUAAGUUAGAAAUCCAAGAUCUUUUAAUGAAAUCAACACUUGAUUCAAUUUUCCAAGUUGCAUUUGGAACUGAACUUGACAGCAUGUGUGGAUCAAAUAAAGAAGGAAAGAUUUUCGCUGAUGCUUUCGAUAUCGCAAGUGAAUUAACCCUUUAUCGUUAUGUUGAUAUUUUCUGGAAGAUGAAGAAGUUUCUCAAUAUUGGAUCAGAGGCCACAUUAAGAAAGAAAACUGCAAUCUUAAAUGAGUUUGUCAUUAAGCUAAUCAAUACUAGAAUUCAGCAAAGGAAGAAUUUAAAGGAUGAUUCUGUUAGAAAACAAGGAGAUAUACUCUCAAGGUUUCUGCAAGUGAAGGAAUAUGAUUCAACAUACUUAAGAGAUAUAAUUCUAAACUUUGUUAUUGCUGGGAAAGACACAACAGCUGCAACACUUUCUUGGUUCAUGUAUAUGUUAUGCAAGUAUCCUGAAGUGCAAGAAAAAGCUGCCAAAGAAGUGAGAGAAGCAACAAACACAAAAGGAAUUAGUAGCUGCACUGAGUUUGUGUCAAGUGUAACAGAUGAAGCUAUUGAAAAGAUGAAUUAUCUCCAUGCAACACUCACAGAAACUCUUAGACUUUAUCCUGCAGUUCCUGUGGAUGCAAAGAUAUGCUUUUCUAACGACACAUUACCGGACGGAUAUAGUGUAAAGAAAGGAGAUAUGGUGGCUUACCAACCUUAUGCAAUGGGGAGAAUGAAAUUCAUAUGGGGUGAUGAUGCAGAGGAAUUUACACCAGAAAGAUGGCUUGAUGAAAAUGGCAUUUUUCAGCCAGAGAGUCCUUUCAAGUUUACUGCUUUUCAGGCUGGUCCUAGGAUAUGCUUAGGAAAGGAGUUUGCUUAUAGACAAAUGAAGAUAUUCUCAGCUGUAUUAUUAGGUUGUUUUCGCUUUAAAUUAAAUGAUGAGAAGAAAUAUGUGACUUAUAAGACAAUGAUAAAUCUUCAUAUUGAUGGUGGUGUUGAAAUCAAAGCCUUACACAGAGAUUAGAAUGGAAAAUAUGCUCAUUUUACAUUUGAUGGAUUUGUGCUCAAAACCUUUAGCAUACAUAAAUAUAAGUGUAACCAUAUUUAUAGGUGA